AUGCCGGAACUUUCUGCAAAACUUUUGAAUGAGGAGAUUGUUGGUAUGCGGGAGGUUGUUGUUAAGGCGCGUCUUCGUCUUAGUCGUAAAUUAAUAAAUUUGUGCCGAGUGUAUGGGAGGUCAACGAAUAAUAAAAAGAGGAAAAAAGUGGGAAGGAUUGUGGAGGAGUUGAAGGCUCUGAAGGGUAUUAAUAAAGACGAUGUAACAAAAUUUGCUUUGGUCAACAGAAAAGUUUUGAAGGAAUUGCCUUUGCAGGAUUCAUCUGCUUCGGAACGUGCACUCUAUAAGAUGGCUGUUAUGGACAUUGUGACUGCUUCUGUCGAGAAGUUUCGAAAAAAGUACUCUUGUUGGGAAGUUGAAGUACCUUUUUUGUUACAACGACUUGGAUUACAGUACCAACGCAAAAAACUGGACAAGGCAGAAGAUAUCCGGGGUUCAACUGCUAUCCUGCUAGAAGAUAAGCCAGAGAUUAAAAAAAUGCUGAAUAAAACAGCUCAUGAACUGAAGGAAAAGUCCACAAGAAGGUCUUUUUUGGAUCAAACUGUAGCGAAUCAGAGUGGAAAUUAUGCAGCAAAGAAGAUAUUUGUCGAUGAAGAUGCAAAAUCAACUGAGGAGAGGAAGUUAAUCGGCGAAGAAACUAGUGGGUUGAAAGAGAAAACUGCCUUUCCCUUAUCCUCUAAGUUGCGCUUACAACUCGGGCUCAUAAAGACAGGACAAGUAAGUGGUGGACAGUUAAGUCCUUACGAUGCAUCUCGUCACGACUUUUUAGUUUUUCCUCCAUGUCUUGGCAUUAUCAAAAAAUUAGAUUUAAAACAGGGUACAGUCGAUGCGGGAACGUCAAACGUUGUUGUCCGAAAUAUUAUUAAAAGAAACAAUAAGGCUCAUUCAAGCUCUUUUUUUCUGCCCGCAGAUUUUGAAAUGUCUCGAAAUAAUGGUCAAGAGAUCGAUAAAGAAGAAGAAGAGUUUGCCGGCUUUCGUCGGCGAAAGCGCACUGGUGACAGCUUCUUAAAGGGUUUUAAAGGAAGUGGACUUGACAAGAGUAGCUGUAAAGGUGAAGAAGAUUCAGGAGGCGAACCUAGUGCAAGUUCUGGAGUAGCUUCAGGCCAUUUGACCGCUACAGCAGGACUUUUACAUCCAUCGUGGGUUGCGAAAAGGCGACAACGGGAAUUGCUAGAGAGGUCUAAGGCUACUCCAUUAUCCAAAAAAAUAGUUUUUUCUGGUGACGAUUGA